GAUAUAAUAGUUUAUGGUUGAAUAAAGAAGAUAUAUAGACCUUCUUCUUUCUCAUUGAAAUUGGCGUUUUAGGGUUUAUCAUAUAUUGGCGGCACGUUUGGAUUGACGUCGUUUUACGGCAAACGCGCGUUAUACAGAAGCCGCUGUCUCUAACUUCUGCGUCCUUUUACCAAUUUUUUCUUGAAGUGCUUCUUCAGAUUCGAAAAUGGAGGAGGGAAGUUCGGAUGGCGAUUGCGACCGCGAUCGAAUCCGCAACAUCUGCAUCCUCGCGCACGUCGACCAUGGCAAGACUACCCUCGCCGACCACCUAAUUGCGGCGGCGGGCGGCGGUGUCGUUCACCCGAAGCUCGCCGGGCGCGUCCGCUUCAUGGACUACCUCGACGAGGAGCAACGACGCGCCAUCACCAUGAAGAGCUCCUCCAUCCUCCUCCGCUACCGCGGCCACGCCGUGAACCUCAUUGACUCCCCUGGUCACAUCGACUUCUGCAGCGAGGUCUCCACGGCGGCGCGCCUCAGCGACGGGGCGCUCCUCCUGGUCGACGCCGUGGAGGGCGUCCACAUCCAGACGCACGCCGUCCUCCGCCAGUGCUGGAUCGAGCGCCUUAUCCCCUGCCUCGUUCUCAACAAACUCGAUCGCUUGAUCACCGAACUCAAACUCACUCCCUCCGAAGCCUACACGCGCCUAUUGCGAAUCGUGCACGAGGUCAACGGAAUAGUCAGCGCUUACAAGUCAGAAAAAUACCUCUCCGACGUCGAUUCUCUCCUCGCCGGCACCGGAACCGUCGGCAGCACUGGUGAGACUCUGGAGGAUUACGACGAUAACGAGGACGUUUUUCAGCCGCAGAAGGGGAAUGUUAUAUUUGCUUGCGCCUUAGACGGGUGGGGAUUUGGGAUUCGUGAGUUUGCGGAGAUAUAUGCGUCCAAGCUUGGUGCAAGUGUGAAUGCGUUAUUGAGAGCCUUGUGGGGACCUAGGUAUUUUAACCCUAAGACGAAGAUGAUUGUGGGGAAGAAAGGUGCUGGUGCUAAUAAGAAACCUAUGUUUGUUCAGUUUGUGUUGGAACCCUUGUGGCAGGUUUAUCAGGGGGCCUUGGAAGGGGACAAGGGGCUGGUGGAGAAAGUUAUUAGGUCGUUUAGUUUGUCGGUGCCACCGCGCGAGCUGCAGAAUAAGGAUGUGAAGGUCGUGCUGCAGGCGGUUAUGAGCCGGUGGCUUCCGCUGUCAGACGCUGUUUUGUCGAUGGUGGUUAGAUGUCUGCCGGACCCGGUUGCGGCACAGGCGUUUCGGAUAUCGAGGUUGAUUCCGAAAAGGGAGGUUGUUGGGGAUGUGGUGGAGGAGCGGGUGGUGGAGGAGGCGGAGAUGGCGAGGAAGGCGGUGGAGGGGUGUGAAAGUGGGGAUGAGGUUCCUUGUGUGGCUUUCGUGUCGAAGAUGUUUGCUUUGCCGGUUAAGAUGGUGCCCGGACAGAGGGGGGAGGUUGGCAAUGGUUAUGGUGAUGAAGGGGAGGGUGAUUCCGAUGAGUGCUUUCUUGCUUUUGCUAGGAUUUUUAGUGGGGUUUUGUAUGCGGGGCAGAGAGUUUUUGUGCUUUCUGCGUUGUAUGAUCCGUUGAAAGGAGAAUCGAUGCAGAAGCAUAUACAGGAGGCUGAGUUGAAAUCGUUGUAUUUGAUGAUGGGGCAAGGGUUGAAAGUUGUGACAUCUGCCAAGGCAGGGAAUAUUGUUGCCAUUGGAGGUCUUGGGCAGCAUAUAUUGAAGAGUGCUACACUUUCUUCUACUAGGAAUUGUUGGCCUUUUUCGAGUAUGGCAUUCCAAGUUGCCCCGACUUUGAGGGUUGCGAUUGAGCCGUCCGACCCUGCUGAUGUGGGUGCGUUGCUCAAGGGCUUGAGGCUUCUCAAUCGAGCAGAUCCGUUUGUUGAGGUCACAGUGUCUUCUAGGGGAGAGCAUGUUCUUGCUGCUGCUGGAGAAGUUCAUCUUGAGAGAUGCAUAAAGGAUUUGAAGGAUAGGUUUGCGAAGGUAAGCUUGGAGGUUUCUCCACCUCUAGUGUCCUACAAAGAAACCAUCGAGGGAGAGGUAUUGAACGUGAUGGAAAAUUUGAAAGUUCUUAGCAGGAGAUCAGAUUAUGUUGAAAAAACAACACCCAAUGGAAGAUGUGUUGUUCGGGUGCAGGUGAUGAAACUUCUACCUUCUCUGACAAAGGUGCUCGAUGAAAGCUCCGAUUUACUUGCAGAUAUCAUUGGAGUUAACUCGGGGCAUACCUUAAAAAGUUUGGAAACCCAGAGACCAAGUAUUCUUGAAAAUGAAAAUCCAGUUGAAGUGCUAAAAAAACGCAUAUUGGAUGCAGUGGAGGGUGAUAUUUUGAGCAGGAAUGAAGACGACAAGGACCAUGCUGAGAAAUGUAAACUGAAGUGGCUAAAGGUUUUGAGGAGGAUAUGGGCACUUGGACCAAGGCAGAUUGGUCCUAACCUACUCUUCACUCCUGAUAUCAAAGCAGAGAGUACCGACAGUUCUGUCUUAAUACGGGGUUGUUCUCAUGUGUCAGAGAGGUUGGGUUUUGUGGCCGAUUCUACUACCAGUGACUCAGUUGCUGAGAGGUCUUCAACUGCAAACCAAGCUGUGUAUAUUGACGCUGAAAACCUUGAGAGUAGUGUAAUAUCUGGGUUCCAACUGGCCACUUCAGCCGGACCCUUGUGUGAUGAACCUAUGUGGGGUUUGGCAUUUGUUGUUGAGGCUCGCAUAUCUCCAUUUUCAGGGCAUAGUGAUGAAUCUGAAAUGCCCCAGCAAUCUGAGCAGUAUGGCAUCUUUGCAGGGCAGGUAAUAGCAACUGUCAAAGAUGCAUGUAGAGCAGCUGUGCUUCAGAAUAAGCCACGGCUUGUAGAAGCAAUGUACUUCUGUGAAUUGAAUACACCUACUGAAUAUUUGGGUCCCAUGUAUGCUGUACUUUCCCGGAGAAGGGCCCGAAUUUUGAAGGAAGAGAUGCAAGAAGGUUCCCCUUUCUUCACUGUCCAUGCAUAUGUUCCUGUUUCUGAGAGCUUUGGUUUUGCGGAUGAGCUUAGAAGGUGGACUUCUGGUGCUGCAAGUGCACUUCUUGUCCUUAGCCACUGGGAAGCACUUUCUGAGGAUCCUUUCUUUGUACCUAAAACAGAAGAGGAAAUUGAAGAGUUUGGAGAUGGUUCUAGUGUUCUUCCAAACACCGCAAGAAAGUUAAUUGAUGCCGUCAGGCGUCGCAAGGGCCUUCCUGUGGAGGAAAAGGUUGUGCAGCAUGGAACCAAGCAGAGGACACUGGCUCGUAAAGUCUGAGACUUCUCGUUACAGUUGUCUCCUUAGCUGUUACGAGAACAUGUAGUUGUGGAAUAUGUGUAACUCAUACUUCAUGUACUGUACCGUUAGGAACAAUUUUGCAUUGUGAGUUUAUUUAUUUGUAGCUUCACCAAAGUUUUGUUACAUAGAAUACAAUCAAAUUUAUGAUGACUUUAUAUUUUGAGUAAAAUAUAAUGUUCCAUUUCAAUGUAUGUAUGGUUUGGCUUUUCUUAUGUUCUGGAAAAUGGAAUUUGACUUUAGAUCGGUA